AUGCCAAACGGUGAUUGUUUUGCACAAGAUAUAGAUACUACUGUUUUACAAGCUCCUAAACCAAGUUCAAUGAUGAAAGCAGUAUAUGAUGGCACUAGCUAUCUGAUGAGGAAAAUGGUUGGAAGUGUACCCGAUGAGACGAUUCAGGCAAGUGUUACUAGUUCGUCUUACACUAAAGGUCUUUGGCCACCAAUGAAUUCUUACUUCCCUAAAUAUUCUCUUAGUCCGCUUCAAACGCUUCAGCAAGACGCUGCUUCACUAAAACAAGGUGAUUCUUAUUAUUUUUGGGUCUACGAUAGCGCUAAUCGUACCUUCAUAGCAGUAUAUCAAGCUCAUACCGCUAUGGUAAAAACUGGGGAAUUUCUGAGCGAGGUACCAGUUUUUAUGACGAACGCGACCAAUCAGCUCCAAACAGAACUAGCUGACGUUUUCAUAUUCAUGGAUUAUGCACGUCGCGUUGGCGAUAUGCUGGGCUAUACACACAUUCUUCCGCUCGCUUUGGUCUGUUUCUCGAUUUUUGGGCUCGCAAUAAUAGCAAGUUGGACAUUUUUGUUCUAUAACAAAAGAUAUCAUUACAAUGCUAUAUGUGUAAGAGGAGUAAUGUUUACCGCUGCUACAAGCGUUGGAUAUCUUGCUAUGGUGGUCGGAUCAUUAAUUUGCAUUAUGGCUGCUGAUAUCUUCUAUAAGUGUAAAAAUGGUUACACAUUUUUCGAAUCUUUGAAUGGCGCUCUUAUUAUGGCUGAGGAUGAAUUUAGGGAGAGGUAUUCUAUCUUAGAUCAGUACGACAUAGCGAGACAUAUACAAAACUAUCAUGUGGACCUGAAAAAACUUGAAAAAGUCGAUAAACUUUCAGUGCUUCUCGAAAACUUGAUCAGACAAGCAAACGAGUCAGUAACCAUUGCUCUCACACAACGAAGGGCACGAAGAAAGUUGUCGCAAAUUAAUGAGACCCUCUACAAAACUAGUAGCCACCUACUCAACUUCAGACGAAUGCAGAAGCAAGUAUUGCAAAAGAUGAAUCUUAUGCUGUUGCCUACAAGCAGACAUAAGCUUACUAUGUCUCUAAGGCGUCAUCAAAAACAUCUACACAACCAUGCUGUGAUGGCGAUCUCAAAUUUGUUUACAGUUCUAGUGGACUUUACUCCCCGAUGUGGAAGUCUGAUGAGAAUUUGGGAUGGAUUGGGAACAUUUGUUUGCAACGGGAUUGCUGCACCAGCGCAAGGGUUAUGGGUAGCCACAACAAUCUAUCACGCCUUCUUCAACACUGCAAGAUUUUGGAAGGAUGCAAUGCAUGAUGAAUACGCAAAACGACGCUUAGAGAAGGUAAAGUAUGUACAGAAAGCUCUGAAACUAGAAAGGCUGAGCCAUUCAAGUUCAAGUAGUGAAACCACCAAACGCGCAGAUUCCUACAGUAAACCAACGAGUAGACCGAGCACAAGCGUCACCACGAAGAGCGCGUCAAGAUCCCCAAAAGGUCAUUAUGAUGCCGCUACAGUGGAAGCUAAGCAGUCGCUGAUUCCAAAAUCUAAGGAUAAAUCGCGAGAAAAGGAAGAUAUCGAAGAAGGAAAAGAAGACAACGAAGAAGGAAAGAAAGCUACCGCGAACCCACUCUCAACAAAUUCGAAAGAGCGAACAAUCAAUGCGAGUGCUCCUGCGAAAAGCUCAGAAGAGCCAACACAAUCAAAAGAAAUGCCAACAAAUGCUGCAGUCCGGGUCUCUGCCGAAAAUGCCGCAAAAAGUCAAUCGAGUAAUUCCCAAACAGAUUUGAGAAAGUCUAAGGAAGAAGUAAGAAGCCGUGAAUCAAUAGAACAACCUGAGAAAAAGAAAACUUUGAACAGUAGUAAGAAAUCGCUUCAAACAGGAAUACCCGCAUUUGAGAAGGUUGCCGUUCGAACUUCAAAAGAACAAGUGUCAAGCAAAAAUUCAAAGGAGAGAGUAGGAAGCGAAAGCAAGUCCAAGGAAUUUCUAGAUCAAGGAAAAGCAGGCAAUGGAAUCUAAUAAGAGAAAAUUUCUACAAUAACAGUGAAAAUAGAAAUCAACUUCAAGC